AUGGGCAACUUCGAGAAAUUGUUUUCUUUCCAAAUCUUCUUCAUUUUCCUUAGGGAAUCGUUAGAGAUCAUUGUGAUCAUAUCGAUUCUUCUGACGAUUGUCAAGCAAGCGUUAUUGAAGGAUGAAUCGCAAACAAGCAUACCGGAAGACACCGCUGCAACAGCAGAUGCUCAUAGAGAAUCCCAAGAUCGCUUAACGUUCGAGGAAGAAGAGGUCUUAGACAUGUCGAGUGCUCGGGAACAUCUUCCAGCGCAAACCGAUAUCAACAACUACCAGCUUUACAGAAGACUGAAGAUUCAAAUUCUUUCUGGUGGUAUACUGGGUCUCUUAUGUUGUCUCCUUGUGGGUGGAGCAUUCAUCGUUGCAUUUUAUAUUGUUGGAACAGACUUGUGGUCUUUGAGUGAACACUAUUAUGAAGGGGUUUUGAGUGUGGUUGCAUCUUUAAUCAUAUCUGCAAUGGGACUCUUCUUUUUAAGAAUGGGCAAAUUGCGCGAGAAGUUCAGAGUUAAGCUUGCAUCAAUAAUAUAUUCUGAUAGUGGAAGAAUGCUACACGACGGUAGUGAGAGAGCUGUGAAAUUUACAGAAAAAUAUGCUAUGUUCAUCCUGCCUUUUGUUACUGCUCUUCGAGAAGGUCUUGAAGCUGUCGUCUUCAUCGGAGGUAUUGGAAUCGAUCAACCUCUUUCUUCUAUACCUCUUUCUAUGUUAAGUGCUACAGCUCUAAGUGUAGUAUUUGGAUAUUUCUUUUUCAAAUCAUCAAGGUCAUUCUCAUUACAGAUUUGUCUUGUCAUCACAACUUGUUUCCUCUAUCUGAUUGCGGCUGGUUUAUUUUCGAAGGGUGUGUGGCAAUUUGAAGUCCAAAGAUAUGUCAAUCGCUGUAAUGGGCAAGACAUGACAGAAGUUGGUAAUGGGCCAGGCUCAUAUGAUAUCACGCGUUCAAUAUGGCACGUCAACUGUUGCAACGGUGAGACUGAUGGAUUAUGGAUGAUUUUGACUGCUAUUUUUGGGUGGACUAACAGUGCCACUUACAGUUCGGUGAUCAGCUAUAAUGCAUUCUGGAUUUUGCUCAUUGUUGGAAUCAAAGUUCUCACCCUGGAAGAAGAACUAGGAUAUAUUCCAUUCAUUCCCAUAAAACUCCAAAAAAGGCGUAUUUUUAAAAGAUUGCACAUUGCCAAAAAAUCUAUGGAGUUCCGUUUUGCUCAAUCUCCUCCCACCCUAUCAUCCCUUCCAAACUCUUUAGGGAGAAGAAUAUCAAAAGAUAGCCAUAACAGCUUGACGCCAUUGCUGCCUAACCAAACAGCUCAGUAA